GCAUCGAAAACUAUUCAAAGCGACAGAUUUGGCUCGGGAAAUAGAAAAAGUCAAACAGAGACACUUCACGAUGCCUGGGUGAUCUUAUCCGCUGAGUUUUUAUAGCCUCGCAUGGAAUGAUGUAUAUCGGAAACCAGAAAAAUACUAUACAUUCAUGAUAACAGGCCACUGAUUGCGAUUACAAAGAACUAUUAUUUCAUUGCCAUGUGGAGUUGCGGAAGCUAAAUAGUUAAAUGCGUUUACUAUAAAUAAGAAGAAUUUAUACGACUUUGGAGGAGACCAGUGAUUAAUUAGUUGCAAGUUGGCUUCACAGAAUGUCAGCCGCCAACCGACAAGGCUCAGCUACGAAUAUUUGUACGAAGUGCCACAAGCAGCUCUGGCAUAUAAAUACCUCUAAGGUCAUUCAACUGACUCACAUAAAACUAUUUGUUCCACGACAAAAAGUAAGCAGCUUAAAAUAUUAGCCGAUUCUACUAUUGAGUUUCUACUUCCUUUACUGCCGCAAGAAGCUUUUUAAUGAUGUGUUAUUUUACCCAAAUCACUGUGAAGUCGUGAGUGUGCAAAGUUAUUUGUGAGCUGGAAAAUGGGCACAAAGAUCGAGUACGUGGACACGACGCAUCUCUAUGCAACCAAAUACAUACGCAACUCAAAGGCCAUAGCCGUACUCUGGGCGAUAUUCACAAUAUGUUACGCUAUCAUCGGAAUCGUUGCCUUUGUGACGCCAGAAUGGAUUGGCGAUCCAGAUAACGAAAGUGCGGGACGCUUAGGCCUGUGGCAGGUAUGUCAGCGCGACGAGAUAUUCGACAAUUGCAAGCGCCGUUGGGAGACCAUUCUUUCAGUGCCAACAUUCUCGUUUCAAUUGGCAACAUUCUUUAUGGUUGCGGCGGUGGCAUUGGCCUUGCUGACAAUCUGCUUCUUGGUAUUCUUGAUCUUUAUGAAGUCAACGAGAGUAUUUCAUAUAUGCGGUUGGAUGCAAAUCAUAUCAGCGCUUUGUAUGAUUGUUGCCUGCGCCGCCUUUCCGUUCGGCUGGAAUUCGGACGAUUUUCGCAAAAUCUGUGGACCCGAUGCGAAUCGUUUUGAGCUCGGCCUGUGCGGCAUCCGCUGGGCCUAUCCUCUUGCCAUAAUUGGUUGCAUCGACGGUGUUGUUUUGGCCACCCUCGCCUUCAUACUUGCCACGCGACAUGUGCGCCUACAGCCGGAUCCACUCUACCAGAGUUCGCUCUACAAAGGUGAGAUUAACAACGCUUACAUUACAGACGCUGUCAGCCUAGCCGGUUCGCGGAAGUCGCUGAAUCUGCAGCCAAUUUUGCUGGUGGCACCCCCGCACAACGUUGCCAUCAACGGCGAUGAUACGAUAUCGCAAUUCUCCUCGCGCACACCCAACCACCGAUAUCGACCCGACUAUCCAAUGCAUCAGUUCUGAGGAUUGCGCCCGUUUUGGCCAACCUCCUGCCUUGUACACUCUGUGCUGCCGACCCAUUUUGUGAUUUGUGAUCCUCUGUGUGUUAAAUAUUUUAUUUUCUGUUUUGAAAACUAUUUUUAUUUUCUGUUGGUAUUCUGAAUGCAGGUUUUAUGGACUGAAAAAAGUAAAAUCAAAACCUUGUAAUAAAAGCUGAGCCGCACUUGUGUGGCUACCUGUAAAUACGGUAAAUAGGAAUGUAACUUUAUUGUAUUUAAAAUUGUAAAAUCUACAAUAGAAAAUAAGUGUAAACCUAAAUAAAUUAUUGUCUUUUUCUGAGUAA